GACACAAAAAGUUAAGGGAACGGACUCGGACUGGCUAUGUUGCAAAAUCUAUUUUUCUAAUUCGUGGAUUAGGCAACAAGAAGUUGAGUUUGUGGAUUAGGCAUACUAAAGUGAUUUUGUAUCUGAAAGGAAAAGUGCCAAAGGACUCCAGAGCCAAAGGAUGGCUGUGUCGGUCUCAAGGGACCUGUCAGUGAGCGUGACGACGGACAUCAACUCGGAUAAACUGACCCACACACAGCAGGCUCUGCGCGAGAGCAUCCAGAAAGGCGAGCCAAAGGCUUUGGGGGUGUCCCAGGUAAUGAUUGGGUUGAUGGUGAUGUCCUACUCCAUCCCCCUCCUCUCCACUGAGUUCACAGAGGUCGUGACCUUUGGGGUACCAUGGUGGAGUGGCCUAUCGUUCAUAGCAGCAGGAGUCAUUGCCAUAGUGAUGGAGAAACACAGCAGUAUGAAAUCGCUGGGUGUGUGUAUGGUGGUGACACUGGUUGCCAUUUUGGUUUCUCUCCUGGCCCUCAUCUUCUACUUCAUUGAUCUCCACAACAACCCAGAGACACCGUGUAACCACCCCCUGGCCCCCGCAACACACUACAGGCAGGAGUAUGAAUGUGACCACCAGCACUAUGCCACUGUGUUCAGUUAUGGAGUAAAGUCGUCCCUCCUUCUCUUCACCAUCAUCCAGAUCACCAUCUCCUCAACGCUCUCUUACAUCCUGUACAAAAAGAGGAGGAGUUUCGGACCAUACUCAUCUCUCAAUCAAGAUGUUCCCUCGACUCCCAUACUGGUCACUGCCCCCGACUUCAACUGACCAAUAACAGCCGCAGAAGGACUUUAACUGACCAAUCACAUCUACAGACAGAUUUCCACCAAUUCCCCUCUUAUGAUA